AAUUGUAUCCCCUGGUUACAGUUUAACAGAGUUUCAGUCAUCAAUAGUAAAAGUUGUUUCUUAUAUGCCUGUUUUAAAGAAGUAAUGUCAUUUCUGGUCCAUGGAAGAAGAGCAAUGGGUCCAGCAUACAGCUUUGUCAUCCUUCUCAUCUUCAGCUUUGGCUGGGUCUGUCUAGGAGAACCGCACUGUGUAAUGAUAGCCCCAAAUAUCCUCCAUGUUGAUAAUUAUGAGAGUGUCUACCUGGAAGCUCGUGGCACAAAUCAGAAUGUUCCGGUGACCAUUCAAAUAUAUGACUUUCCACUGAAACACAAACAGUUAUUUUAUGGAACGCUGAACCUCGACAAUAACAACAACCACCAGGCUAUUUUUAAAGUGAAGGUGUCCAGAGAGAAAUUAAAAAGAGACCUCACUGCAAAUCAGUAUGUGUAUCUGACAGCAACAGUUACGGGCAAGGAGAUGCAUGCAGUCAUACUGGUGUCUUUCCAGUCUGGUUAUUUCUUCUUACAGACGGAUAAACCAAUAUACAAUCCUGGAGAAGAUGUGCAAUACCGGAUUUUUACGACAGAUACACAAGUCAAAACUGUCAACAGAAUAUUGACUGUCCAGAUCAAGAAUCCAGAUGGGAUUAUAGUGGAGCAGAAUAAUGGCAUGGCAACAAUCAAUGGCGUCUUCAGCAAAAUUUACAAGGUCCCUGAGGUCAUUAAGGAGGGGACCUGGAGCUUGGAGGCCAUGCUGAAGGACCAACCAGAGGAUGUGUUCUCCACUCAGUUUGAUGUGAAAAAGCACGUGUUACCAACGUUUGAGGUGACAUUAAAACCAAGUAAAGACUUUUUCCAUGUGGAUGAUAAAACUCUAGAUGUGGAACUAACAGCCAGGUAUCUUUUCGGAGAAGAUGUUCAGGGCUUUGCUCUUGUCGUAUUUGGUGUUAAGAAAAAUAAUGGGGAGAAAAACAUUUUCCCCUCCACCCUAAAAAGGCUGGAAUUAAACGGUGGUACAGCAUGGGCUAAGCUGGAGAGUACAAGUAUCACUGGCAGAAAAAUUAAUGACAUAUUAGGUGAUUUAAUAUACUGCAGAGCCACAGUCUUCACCAUCACAGGCAGUGAAAUGGUGGAAGCUGAGGUCGCUGUCAAAGUGGUUAAAUCUCCAUAUAGGAUACUGUUCACCAAGACCUCCAAGUACUUUAAGCCUGGCUGGCCUGCGGUUCUUCAUGUACGGGUGCUUCAUCAAGAUGGCUCUCCUGCCAAAACGCUCCCCUUAAAGGCCAAUGAUUACACAGUAAACACGGACAAUCAGGGAGUAGCUCUGAUCAAAGUUAACACAGCCACCAGUGACAAACAGAAGACUGUGAAAGUGGAAACCAAAGACGAAAAAUUACCGGCUAAUCAUCAGGCGGUGGAAUAUCGCACUCUCGAGUCUGCUCAAGCACACAGCACUGGUGCAUAUCUACAUCUGGGUGCAGAUGUGGUCGUCAAUAACAAUGUAGAUGUCACCAUCAAAUUCGAUAAUAAGGCAACCAACCUGGAGUCUGAAUACAUUUCCUACCUGGUGGUGAGUAAGGGUCAGGUUAUACAGGCAAAUAAGUGGAAAGUGGAAAAGGACAGCCAUGCCAUGAAGCAGAAGCUUAGUGUCACCAAAGACAUGCUGCCAUCCUUCAGACUCGUAGCUUACGGCAUAUUACCCGGAGCCAACUAUGACAUCCUCUCAGACUCGGUGUGGGUAGACAUGGAGGACACAUGUGAGGGAACUCUUGAAGUGUCAGUUCGCAGAGUGCGAUCAUCAUACCUGCCAGGAACGAAAAUCACUCUGCAGGUAAAAGGAGAUCCAGGAGCCCAGGUGGGGAUGGUGAUAGUAGACAAAGCUGCCUUCACACUAAGCAAGAAGGGUCUCCUUACCCAGUCUAAGGUUUGGGAGGCUGUUGAAGACAGAGACAUGGGAUGCACCAAGGGAGGGGGGCAGAACAACAUGGCCGUGUUCACAGAUGCUGGGCUUACCUUCACUUCAAACAAGGGACACUCAGCCUUGCCCAGACAAAGCCAUUCCUGCCUUGAUCAUGUCACUCUUCGGAAUAAGCGACAGGCCACCUUGCCAGAAAUCAAACUGGAGUUUGAAAACCGUUACGGUAGUGAUCUGCAGCGGAAGUGUUGCCGUGACGGCAUGACGGCGUUCCCUCUGGACUAUUCCUGUGAGGAGCGCUCCCGCUACAUCACAGAGGUGCAGCAGUGUGUGGAGGCGUUCCUCCACUGCUGCCAGGGCCUGCAAAAAAAGAUGCCACUCUUCAGUACGGAGUGGAUACUGGCCCGAAGUGAUGAGUUUGACAUUGACGAGUCUCAGAUUCGAAUCAGAUCCCGUUUUGAGGUCAGCUUUGAGUGGACAACUUUGACCCUUGGCAACAACAAGGGCCCUGAUGGUCUUGUCACAACUGAACUUAUGCCAUAUCUGAAGGACUCCAUAACUGAGUGGCAGGUCUUGGCUGUCAGUACUUCUCCUACUAAAGGUGUAUGUGUGGCCAAACCAUUGCCAAUCCUAGUUAAGAAAUCCUUUUUUGUUGACCUGCGCUUGCCCUACUCUGUCAUUGUAAAGGAACAAGUUGAAAUCAAAGUAGUCCUGCAUAACUACAUGGACUCGGAAGGAGAGUUUAUUGUACAGCUGGACAAACAUGAUGCCCUUUGUAGCAUGGCAAGUGCAGGUGGAAAGUUCCAGCAGAGAGUGACAGUUGCUGAGGAGUCGAGCCGGGUCGUGCAUUUCACAAUCAUUCCCCUGAAAGAGGGCUCACAUGCUAUCCGAGUUAGAGCCUUCAGCAGAGAACUCGAAGUCAGUGACGGCAUUCAGAAGAACCUUUUGGUUUUGGCAGAGGGAGAAGAGAAAAUUCAAACUACCAUAAGGUUUCUGAACGUUUCUGCUCGAGGUGGAAAGCGAAAGGAAACCUUCGUCAUACCUGAACUGACUUCACAGAUUCCAGGAACAAAUUCCAUCAGUAUCAUCACUGUCCUUGGGGACGAGCUUACAGACACGAUCCAAAACUCAAUAAGUGGGAACGUCCUGAGCCGGCUCAUCCGUAUGCCCGGCGGGUGUGUAGAGCAGAACUUGGCUUCCAUGACAUGCCCCAUCAUCGCCACCCGCUUCCUGGAUAGCACCAAUGGCUGGGAGAGUGUAGGUGUGCAGAGGAGGAUGGAGGCCAUCUCCUACAUCAAGGCUGGUUAUGGAAACCAUCUGCAGCAUCGCAAGUCAGAUGGUUCAUAUCCUCCCUACGGAAACUUAAAGUCAAGCACAUGGGUGACAGCGUACACAGGCAAGGUUUUUGCAAUGAGUGCACAAUUUGGUGUAGCAUCUAUAGAGCGUGUGUGUGAGACCAUAAACUUCCUAAUCCAGCAAAGACAAGCACCCAAUGGACGCUUUGAAGAGGAUGCUGCAGUUUCAUCCACGUCCCUCAUGGGUGGGACCAAACAUGAAGGAGUUCCAGGGCUUACAGCUUUUGUUCUGAUAGCCAUCGCAGAGGCCCAGAGUAUCUGCAGUGAAGACAUACCUAACCUCGAAAGCAGUAUGAGCAAGGCCACACAGUAUCUGCUCCGUGAGCUGCAAGGACUUUCACGGCCCUAUAGUGUGGCCUUAACUUCCUAUGCCCUGGCAUUACGUAAAGUACCGAAAGCGGAUUUGCUCAAGAACUUAAAAAGAGUUGGCUCUUCAGAUGGUACUCACUGGGGUGAAUCUGGUGACGUGGCCAUGGAGGCUACAGGGUAUGCUCUGCUAGCUCUGUUGGCGCUAAAUGAAUUCGAACUGGCCACUCCAGUGAACAACUGGCUCAUGGAACGCACCAAUGAAAGAGGCCAGUUUGGGUCCACGCAGAGCACCAUCGUAGUGUUCCAGGCCCUAGCAGAGUACAAGUUAAUGCAGGUGAAGGAAUUUGGCAAGAAAGAGAAAAAAUUGCAAGUGAAUCUGGUGCUUGAUACGAGGAGCCGGCCAAAACUGUGGACGUUUGACAGAAACACCUGGUCAGCUGCUCGAACUGAAAAGGUCCACAAGCUUAAGAACUUCACUAUAGAAGCAGAGGGCAGCGGAACUGGAAAGAUUGUGAUUGAGACCGUAUAUAGUGCCAUCCCUGAGCAAAAAAUGAAGUCAUGUGUGGGUUAUGAGAUGGAUGUCAGCAUAGAUAACAGAGAUCUACAAGAACUGCAGCGAAGGCACAAUGCCGAGUUUCCAAGCGGAGUGAAAAAGGGGUAUCUCAUGGAGAUCUGCCUCAGAAUCCAUGAAGAUACCCCUGAAACUAUGACAAUUCUGGACGUGUCUCUUCCCACAGGUUUUGCACCAUCCUUGCAGGCUCUGGAAUGGCUCAUGAAUCGAGUGGACCAUCUGAUUGAUUUUUACAGUAUGGAUUCAGAGCUAUCACGCAAAGGGUCACUCAUCAUCCAUCUGUACAAAAUAGUGCAAGGCGGCCCCAAUUGUAUCCCAGUGGUUCUGUACCAGGAGUUUGAAGUGGGUCUACUCCAGCCAGCCAGUGUUACCGUCUAUUCCUAUUACAACAAGGAGAAACACUGCACCAAGUUCUACCAUCCGACAGGAAACGCGACACAGCUGGCCACUAUAUGUGAAGGAAGAAUGUGCAUCUGUGCUGAACAAGCAUGUCCAACCCUCAGCAAACACACAGGGGACCGGGAGACAAAGGCCUGUAGUACGACCACCCACGUUUAUAUGGUAAAACUUAAAGACAUUAAGAGGGAAGAACUGUAUGACAAGUACAUCAUGGAGAUUGAAAAUAUCAUUAAAACAGGGCAAGACGAAGUGGUGAAAAAGGAUGAGAGAUCGUUUCUCUCACACAUCAGCUGCAGGAAAGCGAUGAACUUGAACGUAGGAAGUUCCUACCUGGUGAUCGGCUUGCCAGAGAGUAUGACCAGGAUGCCAGAUGGAAAAUAUUCCUACAUCCUGUCUUCUGACACCUGGUUGGAGAAAAUUCCCAGUAAGGCCGAGUGUCAGACAGAUCAGAAAGCAAUCUGUGACGAAAUUCAAGAAUUUGAAGAUACAAUGCUGGAGACAGGCUGCCAGAACUGAAUUAAUCCCACCCCUGCCUUUUGCACAAAGAUCCACUUCAUAAUCCCCACAAUGUCCUGCUUUUUGCUUAAAUACUUAUGGUCAUCAAUUUACCUUAUAUUGAUCAUGUUAUCUUUACCUUUAAGCAUUUGAAUAACACGACAGCAGAAUUAUUA